AUAUGAACAUCCACCCACCAUCUAUAUGAACAUCCACCCACCAUCCAACGGCAAUGGUGGAACAGGCUGCCCUCUCUCGAGCGAAGAGGGCAAGGGGUAAGCAACUCCGCACAUGCAGACAGCAUUCACAUGCGGCAAUGACCCAUCCCAGCAUCAUGAUGAGUCCAUGCCCGCACGAUGGAUGAGCUCGUUGACGUCGACCGGACGGCGGCCCGACUCGUGCAGCGCACGGUGGUCAGCAGGAUGCAGUUGCACUAGUGCCUCGGGCGGUAUGCUCGGGAAGUCGCUGCGCAGCUCCGUCAGGCUCUCGUCGGUCAGCGGCACCACGCCAGACAUGUCCUGAACGAACAAACCGACACCGGAAUCACCCACAGAGAUGCACCCAUUCCGUGGCAUGUGUUUAUCUUCGUUUGUACCGGCAGGGAGUCUAUGCGGGCGGCUGUGAUGACUAUCUGCCCGUUGCCUCUGAGGGCCUCCUCGGUCGUGCACGAGAUGCGGUAGCCGUCCAUCUCACCGUCUGGGAAGCGGUGCUGCAUCAUGUCCCGGACGAAGUAGUGGGUGAAGGUGCCAAUGGUCGGUUGCACUCGAAGGCUCAGCUCGGCCGCCCGCAGCUUCAGCAGAGACAGGAUGCUCGAAUGCACGUACUCGAUGGCAUUCGCAUCACGCGGCACUGCACACACAGGACACAGACAUCCACCACCCUGCUGAGAAGGCCUCCUUCUGUGUGUGCUGACUGACCCCGUAGCUCUAUGUCAAUGCUAUGGGUCGUCUGCAGAGCUCCCGCAGCAGCACCGUCCCCUAAACCCACGGACCGACCCCACAUCACCCGCACUCUGCGCACCUCCCGGCCCCUGAGUGCCGCCAACGCCCUCUCGCUGCCUGCCGGUACAGUCAGCUCCUGCAGCGGCUGCCCCAUCUUGUCUGCCAGCACCCCCAGCACCUCCGAUGCGAUGUGGCUGUACACGAACAGGUCUGGCUCAGGGCCAGAUUGCCCUGAAGGACAGCAGCUCCUGCUCGGGAAGGCCCUGCCCUCCUGCAGGUGGUCGAGCACCGAUGGGCGCGGGGAGGGGGCGUUGGGUGGAGGCGUGAAUCCGGGUGUGUCGAUGAGCUCGACUUGAAUGGCAGUGUCGAACGUCAGGCUGGCUGCCAGGUCCUUCGCCGAUCGAGUGGACAUGUCCAUGGGGUGGGACAGGUGUGCCGCUUCGGACUGCCACUGCACACGGAAGGCCCCCUUGGCCAAGGUGACGAGGGCCCGCGCGACGAAGGGGGGCAGCGGGCCAGGAGGAAGGUCGUGCAGCAGGGCUAAGUUGAAGACACGGAUGGGGCUGUAUGUCACGGGGAUGUCUGGUGAUGUCGCGACGGCGCUGACGAAGGACGACAGGGCCUGCAGGGUGUGCACGAGGCUGCUGUCGACCACAUUGACGUCCACAAACUGGAUGUGGAGCGACUUGAUCGUGCGACGGCAGCCACGAGCCACCAACACGGCCUGCAAAACGCACACAGAGCAACAUCCAUCCAUUCAUCCAUCCAUCCAUCCAUGUUAACGUUCGCCUCCCUUCGUCCCCUCCUCGCCCACCGUCAGCUCGUUGAGUUGAUCGUUCUCGUCUGCAUCUGACAGCUCCAGGAUCAGGCACUGCAGCCGCGCCAGCGGCCCUCUCUGCCCCACAGGCGGCAGUGGGAAGGCUGUGCACGCAGAUGCCAGGUCGCCGGGUCGCAUGGGCACCAUCAGCCGCUUGAGGCAUCGGGAUGAGCACAGGAUGCCCCCCAUGUGUGGCGCGCCGGUGCCGGGGCCAUCGGUGCCGCCGGUCACCUCCUCGAGUGCAGGUGUGUGCCACCCUCGCGCGAUGGCCUGGCCCUGGGCGGUCCACACGCCUAUGAUCUUGGUCAGCGAAGGGAGGGUGGGUGGGGUGGCGGGCACGGGCGGCAGGGUGGGCUGCGUGCGCUGGGGAGCCUGGGAGUAGACGCGAUCGUUAAGAGCGGGGAACAGCCGCAUCGCGAUGGUGCCGUCUGGGUUGCCCCCCAUCGCUACGCAGUGCGCCUGGUGCUCGUGGGGGUAGAUGGUGGGUGCCGUGCGCUCGAAUGCGAUGCACUGGAGGGACCCGCCAGCCCUGCCCUUCUCUCGCCCAUGUGCGUGGCUCUCCACCAAGGCCACCAGCACGUCCAGACACCAUCCCUCGUGUCGGCGCGGCUGCCGCAGCGUGAUUGUCCUGGUUGACCAGCUCCUUUCCCCAUCGCGAUGCCGCCUCGAGAGGGAUCCGCUCCCAGAAGCGCCGCAUCCCUCCGUCCUCCCGACCGUCGUGCUCCUCGCAGUCGAUGACUAGCUCCGUGUAGUGGGAGGUGGCCUGGUCAAAGAGAGAGGUGCCUAUGGACGGCCAUAACUUGAACAGCCGGAGCGGAUGGUCGCAGGCAAACACGAAUGGGAGGCAGUCGUUCUCUAACAGACGCAGCACCGCCUGCAUUAACUCGUUGCAGAGAAGACGGUAUCCAUCACAAUCCAUCAGAUGCCCACAUCUGUGCGUUCUUACCGGUCCUUCGUCGGUCGCCUGCCGCCCACUCGUGCGAGUCAAACGAAAGAAUGAGCCGUCCGAAGCAUCCUCCUGAAUAAACAAGCACAGGACAAGCACAGGGCAGUUUCUGCUUUGUCGUUCAUUCAAUCAUCUGAGUCUUUCACCUCUGCAGGCGAAGAUGCGGCCUCGCUGUCGGUCAUUGCCAGCGCUAGCGCCGUCCACGGCGUCCCGCAGCCCGCCAGAGAGAUGUGAGAUGUUGGCGAUGAGUGAAUCACGCUAUUGGAAUCACGAAUCAGUGGCGAUGACAGGCGAGCAACAGGCGACGAAGGACCAUCAACUGCUGUGUAGCGAAUGCUCCUCUUUCCCAGCUCGCGAUCAAGCACCCACAAAAGUGGCAGAGAUGGAGAUGGAGAUGGUAUCGGGACUGCAGCCCGACUGCAGCAGAGGCUUCUUCAAGGAAGAGUCCGUCCGCACGACUGCAUUUAUUCAUUCAUUCAUUCAUUCACUCAUCAAGCGUCUCCUAUGAACGUCUAUCUGACAUGCUCAGUGUCUGUCUGUAUGCCCAGCCAGUGCGUGAUCGCCCAGUCACACACAAACACCCCCCCCCCCCCCCCCCCCCCCCCCCCCC